CUGUAUGGAAUAGUGUUGACAGCUAAUUUUGUGCAAUGUACUAAUUUAGUAAAACAAAAUUGCAGUCCUUUGACAUAGUUUUCAUGCGGUCGUGAUUCAGAAUCAAACAGACUCUUUUUUUUGCGUCUGUCAAACCUUCGUGUUUUCAGCGCUAGCUAGUAGGUGGGCUAAUGUUGUUAGCCUGACAGCUAGCUUCGAGUGUUAAUAGCAACGACACACAAAAACAUUAUUAUUUUUAUUUUUUUUAAAUAUUGCUUUGUCAGACUUUUUGCCUUUUGAGGGGGACGAUUCAGGACGUGAGAGCAGUGGUUAUGGAGAGGGAUGAGUCGGAGACAAGAACACUGGAGCUUCCAAAAUCCAGGCAGAGGGUAAAAGACAAGAGAAAGACAGAGUCUGAUGAUGAAAGAGAUGAAAAUGAAAAUAUGUCUGAAUCUCCACAGGACAGGGCACAGUGGAAAAAUGGCUUGGACUCGCUUCAUCUACAGAAAAAAGCAGUGGUGGUUUUGACCAGACUCCCUGAAUAUAAGAUCAGCGCUCUGCGGCCACCGACGCCGCCGCAGUUCUACAGUGAAGACGAAUCCCUCAGCAGCUCUGACUCCGACAUGCAGUGGGAAACAGAAGACGACUCGAGUGAUUUAGAAUGUUCAGGCCAGAAUAAUGCACAGAAAAAUGGAAAAUCAACGAAAACACAGGCAUUUCCAGCGAACAGUAACAACGACAAUGCAGUGCCAGAAACCCCCUUUAUGGUAUCAUCAGCUUUGGCCCAUUGCUCUCAUGAAACCACGACGACACGCCCCAACUUGCCAGAAGAAGAAGUCAAAGUGGACAUGAUCGUCUUGGCCAGGAAGAGACCCAUGAGGUGGCAACGGGGGAAAGUGGUGGAAAUGCUAACGAAGGAAAAUGGGCGCUUAAAGUACAAAGUUAGUUUUCAAGAAAAGGGCUGGGGUCUAGUAUCUGGACACCACAUCGCCUUUAACAAAACACCGAAGCUGGAGCAGCUGUACGUCGGCGCCCGUGUGGUGGUUCGAUGUCAAGAGAACAAGUUCUGGUUCCGGCCUGGCGUUUUGGUUGAGCUCCCAAGCAGACAGAACCGCUUAAGGUUCUUGGUCUUUAUGGAUGAUCACACGCCGGCCUACGUCGGCUUACCUUUACUUCAUCUGGUGUGCAGACCAUUAGAAGAUGUCUUAGACGACAUUCCGGACAGCCCCCACAAGUGCUUCAUGAAACAGUACCUGAAGGACUGGCCGUACCCUCCUCUGAACAAGUACAGAGCUGGUCAGAGCUGCCAUGCGGAAUUAAAUGGAGUGCAGCAGAGGUGUGAGGUGCAGCUGGUAGACGGCAGCUUGAUGCAGGUUGUUUUUCAGGAUAAUCAGCACAAGGAGUGGAUCUACCGAGGCUCCAUACGACUGCAAAGCAUGGCUCGGUAUUUGGAAUGGAAAGAGAGGGGAGAGCCCAAGGAUGACUCUGACUGAAUGGAGGGUCACUCAGACAGUGCAGUCGUCUGCCAACACCGGUGCCAGUGUCAGUGCGAUUUUAAAGACAUUCUGCGGGGCAGUUUUUGCACAAUCUUGCUGACAGAUAAUAUGUUUGACAGAUGAUAAUGUUGAUAAAAUCCGUCACCCUGGAGCUACGAGCACUUGGAGUUUUUUGGGAAAUAUAAAGGGAACUAUGUCAAGGCAAAAUAAGAUUCACUUUAUUAAGAAUGGCUCAAGCAUAUGUGCAACAUGUUCCAGCCUUUUCUGUUUUGGUUUUGCUUUAUUUCAUUGUACAAAUGUGAUUAUUGUUUUUUGAAUAAUAGUUGUGGGCUACAAGGUGGCUCAGUGGUUAGC